UGUAGUCUCACUAUGGUCAAUGUUAUUACAGGCAGAAAAAUUUCAGGCAAUGUUAUGAUUUGCUCGUAAUCAAUCAUCUUUUUGUGUUUAAUUUGUCGAACUCCCGCCUUUAUUCGACUGGCCAGCUUCAUUAUGACGUCACUGUCACUACCGGCACGGCCUGCGAUGGAGAGUCGGCAACUCAGCAGCAGCACCUUGCGGUCAAAUAUAUCAGGCAGGUCGUCUGCGGUGUGGCGCUGCUCUCGCACGAAAACGAAUAAAUUUCGACGCGGGGUUUCUCGAGCGCCUUCUUCAACAGAAGAGGACAACGAAGAGUUCGUUUCUCCUAACGGAACUCGGAAAUUUUCGGUUCCGAAGUUCCCCGAAUCCAACCUGUACCGUCGUUAUUACGUUGAUCAGCAAACAGGUGAAAUGAGGUCAUCAGCAACUGGACGAAAUGCAAACAGAUCUGCUGCUACGUCGCCUGCCACCCCUGUCACGGAUAUCGACCAAAAACGGCAAGACGUCGGCUGGCGAAGAAGCGUUUCUCCCCCGCGAGUUAUUAAUCGAACGUUCUGGGAUCACAGUUUAAAAACCCAGGGGAUUACAAUCACGCAAAAGCGUCAAAGUUACCCCUACCAGCCCCCUAUUUUACCCCGAACGGCACCAAACACGUGCCACUUACCCCGAAUUAGCAGAAGCGCCGAUUCCUCUUCCGGGUUCGAAAUUCCCACGCGUUACCCACGUGGUCAGCAGCGACCAACCACAAUCGCUUCCGGACACAAUGCCCUUUUAUUACGCCAUAAACAAAUCCUGGAAACCGCUAACCGAGCCGCGCGUGACGUAGCGUGGUCACGUGCGCGGCAGCAGGACGCCGAGAUGCUGACGUCACUGAAACGACGUCAUCAUGACGUCACGAUCCGACUACCAUGCGAAUCCGGACAUUACCCACCCCGCCAGUACCCACUUAACUGGAACAAAUUACUUUCUGGUGACGUCACGAUGCGGUGCGGUCAGCAGGCUAGUAUGACGUCACUGAAGGCGAACAAAAAGUGCGAAGAUUGGUUAAAUAGUUGGGCCGUGGAUAAAUGACCUUUAUCGUCAAUUUUACUUUUCUUAUUAUUGCCCUUUAUUGUAUGCGGUACACCUUAUUUAUAUAAAUACAAGGCAGCGACUUUUACA